AUGCGUGACGGCGGCGCGGGGCUGGCGCUCCUGGCCUCGCUGCUCUGGGUCUCCGCCCAGGGCCAGCAGAGAGGCCUGUUCCCUGCCAUCCUCAACCUUGCCAGCAAUGCACACAUCAGCACCAAUGCGACCUGCGGGGAGAAGGGGCCAGAGACGUACUGCAAGCUGGUGGAGCAUGUGCCUGGGCGGGCCAUGCGCAAUGCCCAGUGCCGGGUCUGCGAUGGCAGCAGUGCCAACCCCAAAGAACGGCAUCCGAUAUCCAACGCCAUUGACGGCACCAAUAACUGGUGGCAGAGUCCUAGUAUUCAGAACGGGAGAGAGUACCACUGGGUCACGAUCACGCUGGACCUGAGGCAGGUCUUCCAGGUCGCUUAUGUCAUCAUCAAGGCAGCUAAUGCCCCUCGGCCUGGAAACUGGAUCUUGGAACGUUCAGUGGAUGGUGUCGAGUUCAGCCCCUGGCAGUACUAUGCAGUCAGUGACACAGAAUGUUUGACGCAUUACAACAUCACUCCGAGACGGGGGCCGCCCACCUACAGGGCGGAUGACGAAGUCAUCUGCACCUCCUAUUACUCCAGACUGGUGCCACUUGAGCACGGAGAGAUUCACACAUCGUUAAUCAAUGGCAGACCAAGCUCUGAUGAUCUUUCACCCAAGUUGCUGGAUUUCACUUCUGCACGAUACAUCCGCCUGCGUUUACAGCGCAUCCGAACCCUUAACGCCGAUCUUAUGACCCUCAGCCACCGGGACCCUAAAGACCUGGACCCUAUUGUUACCAGACGAUAUUAUUAUUCAAUAAAAGACAUUUCUGUUGGAGGAAUGUGUAUCUGUUACGGCCAUGCUAGUAGCUGCCCAUGGGAUGAAGCUACAAAGAAGUUCCAGUGUCAGUGUGAACAUAACACAUGUGGGGACAGAUGCAAUCGAUGCUGCCCUGGGUACCACCAGCAGCCUUGGAGACCUGGCACUGUUUCUUCCGGGAACACGUGUGAAGAAUGCAAUUGCCACAAUAAAGCCAAAGACUGUUACUAUGAUGAAGAUGUGGCCAAUCAGAGGAGAAGCCUGAAUAUUGCUGGACAGUUUAGAGGAGGAGGGGUUUGCAUCAGCUGCCUGCAGAACACCAUGGGUGUCAACUGUGAAACCUGUGUGGAUGGAUUUUACAGACCCCAUGGGGUGUCUCCUUAUGAGGACAACCCUUGUCGCCCCUGUGACUGUGACCCUCUGGGGUCCCUCAGUUCUGUCUGUGUUAAGGAUGACCUUCACUCUGACUUACACAGAGGGAAGUGGCCAGGUCAGUGUCCAUGCAAGGAAGGUUAUGCGGGAGAAAAAUGUGAUCGCUGCCAAUUUGGCUAUAAGGGUUACCCGGAGUGUGUGUCCUGUGACUGCAACCCAGCUGGCAGCGUGAAUGAGGAACCCUGCUCUGAGUCUUGUCUCUGUAAGGAAAAUGUUGAGGGGAGUCACUGUGAUCACUGCAAGCCAGGAUUCUAUAACUUGGAGGAAAGGAACCCGCAGGGCUGCUCCGAGUGCUUCUGCUUUGGCGUCUCUGACGUUUGUGAAAGCCUCUCCUGGCCCGUCAGUCAGGUGAAAGAUAUGUCCGGGUGGCUGGUCACCGACUUGGUCAGUUCCAACCAGAUCCGGUCCCAGCAGGAUGCGCUGGGUGGACGUCACCAGAUCAGCAUCAACAACUCGGCGGUGGAGCAGAGGCUGACCUCCCAGUACUACUGGGCGGCCCCGGAAGCCUACUUGGGAAACAAGCUGACGGCCUUUGGUGGAUUCCUGAAGUACACAGUGUCCUACGAGGUCCCAGUGGAAGCGGUGGAUGGUGACCCCCUGUCUCACGCUGACGUCAUCAUUAAGGGAAACAGAAUCACUUUAAGCACCCAGGCUGAGGGCCUGCUGUUGCAGCCGUACGAAGAGUACUUGAACGUGGUUAGACUGCUGCCAGAGAACUUCCGAGAUUUCAAGAGCAAGAGGGAAAUAGAUCGCGACCGGCUGAUGACCGUCCUCGCCAAUGUGACCCAUCUCUUGAUCAGAGCCAACUACAACUCUGCUAGGACAGCUCUUUACAGGUUGGAUUCUGUCUCUCUGGACGUGGCCAGCCCUAACGUCAUAGACCUGUCCCUGGCCACGCAGGUGGAGCACUGCGAGUGUCCUCAGGGCUAUGCGGGCAUCUCCUGCGAGUCCUGUCUUCCUGGCUAUUACCGCGUGGACGGAAUACUUUUCGGAGGAAUCUGUCAGCCCUGUGAAUGCCACGGCCAUGCGGCCGAGUGUGAUGUUCAUGGUGUCUGCUUUGCCUGCCAGCACAACACCGCUGGGGACCACUGCGAGCGCUGUCUGCCCGGCUUCUAUGGGCUGCCUUCCCGAGGAACCCCCGGGGACUGCCAGCCCUGUGCUUGCCCGCUCUCCACGGCCUCCAACAAUUUCAGCCCCACCUGCCACCUGGAUGAUGGGGACGAAGUGGUGUGUGACCAGUGUGCCCCAGGAUACACGGGGGAUUGGUGCGAGAGAUGUGCAGACGGUUACUAUGGAAACCCAACAGUACCUGGAGACUCCUGCGUCCCAUGUAACUGCAGUGGCAACGUCGACUUCUUGCAGCCUGGAAGCUGUGAUUCCGUCACCGGAGAAUGCCUGCGAUGCCUUGGGAACACUGACGGCCCUCACUGUGAGAGGUGUGCUGACGGUUUCUAUGGGGAUGCGGUGACGGCGAAGAACUGCCAUGCCUGUGAAUGUCAUGGCCAAGGCUCCCUUUCUGCCGUCUGCCACCCGGAAACUGGACUCUGUGAGUGCAAACCAUACGUGACCGGACAACGAUGUGACCAGUGCUUGUACGGCUACUACGGGCUGGACUCGGGGCUCGGAUGCCUGCUGUGUAACUGCAGUGCCGGCUCCCUGUCGGAUGACUGCACGCCGGAAGGCCAGUGUCUCUGCGUCCCGGGUGUGGCCGGGGAGAAGUGCGACAGGUGUGCCCGUGGCUUCUAUGCCUACCAGGACGGCGGCUGUACACCCUGCGACUGCGCUCACACCCAGAACACCUGUGACCCAGAGACCGGGCAGUGUGUGUGCCCGCCUCACACGCGGGGUGCAGUGUGCGAGGAGUGUGCAGACGGACACUGGGGCCACGACCCAGAGCUCGGAUGCCAGGCCUGUAAUUGCAGCAGUGUGGGGUCAGCCAGCCAGCAGUGUGAUGUAGUCACUGGCCACUGCCCCUGUAAGCCUGCAUUCGGUGAACGGGCCUGCGACCAGUGCUCCCCAGGGUACAAAGGCUUCCCCAACUGCGUGGCCUGUGACUGUGACCCGAGGGGGACCCUGGCCGACACCUGUGACCAGGAGCAGGGUCUCUGCAGCUGUGCCCAGGAAACCGGAGCCUGCUCUUGCAAGGAAAAUGUCGCUGGUCCUCAGUGCGGUGAGUGCCGAGCUGGCACCUUUGCUCUGGACGAGGCGGACCCUCGGGGAUGCACGCCCUGCUUCUGCUUCGGGCUGUCACAGCUGUGCUCGGAGGCCGAGGGCUACGUGAGGACGCCGGUGACGCUGGGCUCAGAUCAGCCUCUCCUGCGUGUGGUUUCUCAGAGUAACCUCAAGGGCACGACCGAGGGGGUGUACUACCAGGCCCCUGAUUUCCUGCUGGACGCCGUGACCGUCAGGCAGCAGGUCCACGCGGAGCCGUUUUACUGGCGGCUGCCUGGGCAGUUUCAGGGAGACCAGCUCCUGGCCUACGGCGGCACACUGCGCUACAGCGUGGCCUUCUAUGCUUCUGAUGGGAUCGGCACCUCCAACCUGGAACCUCAGGUGCUCAUCAAAGGAGGCCGGACCAGGAAGCAGGUCAUCUACGUGGACGCGCCAGCCCCCGAGAACGGAGUGAGGCAGGAGCAGGAAGUGGGGAUGAAAGAGAAUUUUUGGAAGUAUUUUAACUCUGUUUCUGAAGAACCUGUCACACGCUCAGAUUUUAUGUCUGUUCUUAGCAACAUUGAGUACAUCCUCAUCAAAGCCUCUUAUGGCCAAGGAUUACAGCAAAGCAGAAUCUCAAAUAUUUCAAUGGCGGUCGGCAGAAAGGCGGAAGAGUCACACGCAGGCAGGGAGGUGGCCCUCCUGUUAGAGAAGUGUGUCUGUCCUCCUGGCAUGGCUGGACUCUCGUGUCAGGACUGCGCACCUGGUUACCACAGAGGGAAGCUUCCGGAAGGUGAUGGCAGGAGAGCACGCCCUCUGCUGGCCCCGUGUGUGCCCUGCAAUUGCAACAACCACAGUGACACCUGUGACCCGGAAACUGGGAAGUGUCUGAACUGUGGCCACAACACCACUGGCGACCACUGUGACACGUGUGCCCCUGGGUACUAUGGGAAGGUGACCGGCUCGGCCAGUGACUGCUCUCUGUGUACCUGUCCUCACAGCCUGCCGGCCAGCUACAGUCCCACUUGCGUCUUGGAAGGCGAUCAUGAUUUCCGAUGCAAUGCCUGUUUUGUGGGUUAUGAAGGACAGUAUUGUGAAAGGUGCUCAUCCGGUUACUAUGGGAACCCUCGGAUGCCAGGCGGCACUUGCCAGAGGUGUGACUGCAGCCUGCACGGCUCUGUCCACGGCGACUGUGACCGUGGGUCCGGGCAGUGCGUCUGCUGGCCGGGGGCCACAGGGCUCCGCUGCGGGGAGUGUGAACCAAGGCACAUUUUGGUGGAAAGCGACUGUGUGUCCUGUGAUGAUGACUGUGUGGGUGUCCUGCUGAAUGACUUGGCCCACGUUGGGGAUGCCAUCCUGUCUGUGAACCUCACCAGCACCAUCCCUCUCCCAUAUGGGGUUUUGUCAGACCUGGAAAGUAGAACGAAGUCUCUCCGGGACUCUUUAUUAAAAGAAAAUAUGCAAAAAGAACUGGUGAAAAUUCAACUUGAAGGCGUCUCAGAACAAACGGAGGACCUACAAAGAGAACUUGACAGAGUGUUGACUCGUAGUGAGCAGGUGACCAGGGCCACAGAAAGAAUCCUGGACAAGAGUGUGGACCUCAUUAAGUUGACCGAGAAGCUGCAGACAGACAUUGAAGAAAUGAUCGAAAAGGCUACGACUCUAAAUCAGACGCUGGAUAACGAUGUCCAGCUGCCCAGCUCUACCCUUCAGGACAUGCAGGGGAACAUCACGGCUUUGCUGGAAGUCCUACGGAAAAGGCGGUUCCUGCCGCUGCACCAAAACGCCACCCUGGAACUCAAGGCUGCCGAAGAUUUAUUGUCACAAAUUCAGGAAAAUUACCAGAAGCCACAGGAAGAGUUGGCGGUGUUAAAAGAAGCAGUAAGCAGCCUCCUUUCAACACACAACAGUGAUGUGCGGGCUGCAGAAGAGCUCCUGAGAGAAGCAGAGAUGAAGACCCAGGAGAGUGGUCACCUGCUGCUCCUCAUUGGCGCCAACCUGCGAGAGUUCAACGAGAAGAAGCUGCGUGUUCAGGAAGAACAGAACUUGACAUCAGCGCUGAUUGCCGAAGGAAGGGGACUGCUGGAUGCGGCCGCUGUUCCUGCAAACGCAUCGGGGGAGGCUCUCGCGCAACUAGAGCAACACCGGGACGAGCUGCUACUGUGGACUGCCCAAAUCAGGCGCCACGUGGAUGACCUGGUCAUGCAGAUGUCUGAAAAGAGAGCGCUGGAGCUUGUGUACAGGGCGGAGGAUCACGCUGCUGAGCUGCAGAGACUGGCAGGUGCUCUGGACAGUGGCCUUGGGAAUGUCAGGCAUGUGUCCCUGAAUGCCACCAGCGCAGCCCACGUCCACUCCAACAUCCGGAGCCUGAUUGAGGAAUCAGAGAGGUUGGCGACAGAUGCACUCAGAACUGUGAAAGAGGCGAGCACGGCUUCCGAAUCUCUUGUUUCUAAUGGGAGAGUGGCCCUCCGGCGUAGUUCCGAGUUUCUCAAAGAAGGCAACCGCCUGAGCAGAAAGCAUCGAGGUAUCACAUUGGAACUGAGUAGAUUGAAAGAUACUGCAAAGAGAUUUCAAGAGGAUGCUGAUAAAAUUACCAGGCAGACCAACGAAUCACUCUUGAUACUUAGAGCAAUUCCUGAAGGUGUCAGAGACAGAGGAGCCAAAGUCAAAGGCCUGGCCAUGUCUGCAAACCAGAGCGCCACCAGCACACUCAAGAAUGUCAUGGGGCUCAGUCAGAAGCUGUUGAACACGUCCACUGACCUGUCCAGGGUUAAUGCCACGUUACAGGAAACAGACGAACUCCUACGAGACUCCUCGAUGACCACUUUGUUAGCUGGAAGAAAAGUCAAAGAUGUGGAAACACAAGCCAACCUCUUAUUGGAUCGGCUGAAGCCUCUGAAAACGUUAGAAGAGAACCUGAGCAGAAACCUGUCAGAAAUCAAACUGCUGAUCAGCCAGGCCCGGAAACAAGCCGCGUCUAUCAAAGUUGCUGUGUCUGCAGACCGAGACUGUAUCCGGGCCUACCAGCCCCAGAUUUCUUCUACCAACUACAACAGCCUAACGCUCAACGUGAAGACAAGUGAACCCGACAACCUUCUCUUCUACCUGGGCAGCAGCACUAGCACUGAUUUCCUGGCAGUGGAGAUGCGGCGAGGAAAAGUGGCCUUCCUCUGGGAUUUGGGCUCUGGAUCAACACGCUUGGAAUUUCCAGACUUCCCAAUUGAUGACAACAAGUGGCACAGCAUCUAUGUGACCAGGUUUGGAAACAUUGGUUCAUUGAGUGUAAAGGAAAUGAGUGCAGCUCAAAAGCCUCCACCAAGAACAAGUAAAUCCCCUGGAACAGCCAAAGUUCUGGAUGUAAACAACUCAACCAUGAUGUUUGUUGGAGGGCUUGGUGGACAGAUCAAGAAGUCUUCUGCCGUGAAGGUUACUCAUUUUAAAGGCUGCAUGGGAGAAGCCUUCCUGAAUGGACAAUCGAUCGGCCUGUGGAACUAUAUUGAGAGGGAGGGGGAGUGCCACGGCUGCUUCGGAAGCUCCCAGGAUGAAGAUGCCUCUUUCCAUUUUGCUGGGAGUGGAUAUUCUGUCGUGGAGAAGACUCUCCGGGCUACUGUGACUCAGAUAAUUAUGCUUUUUAGUACCUAUUCACCUAACGGGCUGCUUCUGUACCUGGCUUCAAAUGGCACUAAAGACUUUUUAUCCAUUGACCUGGUCGACGGCAGAGUCAGGGUGACAGUCGACCUAGGUUCUGGGCCCCUUGCUCUGAUUACCGACCGACGCUAUAAUAAUGGAACAUGGUACAAAAUUGCCUUCCAGCGAAAUAAAAAGCAAGGGCUCCUAGCAGUUAUUGAUGCUUAUAACACCACCUACAAAGAAACCAAGCAAGGGGAGACUCCAGGGGCGUCUUCUGACCUCAAUCGUCUGGAUAAGGAUCCAAUUUAUGUGGGUGGAUUACCGAGGUCGAGGGUGGUGAGGAAAGGUGUCUCCAGCAAGAGCUAUGUGGGCUGCAUCAAAAACCUGGAAAUAUCCAGAUCGACCUUUGAUUUACUCAGAAAUUCCUAUGGCGUGAGGAAAGGCUGUACACUGGAGCCCGUCCGAAGCGUCAGCUUCUUGAGAGGUGGCUACGUUGAAUUGCCACCCAAGUCUCUGUCACCAGACACGGAGUUGUUGGCAACAUUUGCCACCAGGAACAGCAGUGGCAUCAUCCUGGCUGCCCUGAGCCAGGGCGGUGAGAAGCCAGGUGAUCGGCAGGCCCGUGGGCCCUUCUGGUCCAUCAUGCUAAUUGAAGGCCACGUUGAAGUGCAUGUUAACCCUGGGGACGGAACCAGCCUGAGAAGAGCUCUCCUGCACGCUCCCAUGGGCACCUACAGUGACGGUCAAGAGCAUUCCAUCUCCAUGAUAAGGAGCGGAAGAGUUGUCACUGUUCAAGUGGAUGAGACAACUCCUGUGGAAAUGAAGCUGGGCCCGUCAGCAGAAAGCAAGACCAUAAAUGUGUCCAGCCUGUACGUUGGGGGCAUUCCAAAGGGUGAGGGGACACCUAUGCUCAAGAUGAGAAGCUCGUUCCACGGCUGUAUCCGAAACCUGGUCUUUAACAUGGAACUUCUGGAUUUCACCAGUGCCACCGACUAUGAACACGCAGACCUGGACUCCUGCUCACUCUCAGAGAGGCCAAAACUAGCUGUCUACCGAGAGGACGGAGAGCUCCCGCCAGAGCCCCAGCCUUUACCAAGUCCAGAACUGUGCGCCACGGAAAGCCCCCCAGAAUAUGUGCCCAACACCCACCAGUUCGGCCUCGCAGAAGGCAGCCACUUGGUGCUACCUUUUAACCAGCUGGCUGUCCGAAAGAGGCUCUCAGUUCAGCUGAGCAUCCGCACGUUCGCCUCCAGCGGCCUGAUGUACUACAUGGCUCACCAGAACCAGGUGGACUACGCCGCACUCCAGCUGCACGCGGGCCGCCUCCACUUCACCUUCGACCUUGGGAAGGGCAGGACCAAGGUCUCACACCCGGCACUGCUCAGUGAUGGCCAGUGGCACACGGUCAAGACAGAGUACUUUAAAAGGAGGGGCUUCAUGACAGUCGACGGCCAGGAAUCGCCCAUGGUGACCACGGUGGGAGAUGCCACCACGCUGGACGUGGAAGGAAAGCUGUACCUCGGAGGCCUCCCCUCUGAGUACAGGGCCAGAAACAUUGGAAACAUCACUCACAGCAUCCCUGCCUGCCUUGGGGAGGUGACAGUGAACGGCCAGAAGCUGGACACGGACAGCCCCGUGUCUGCAUUUGCAGUGACCAGGUGCUAUGCCGUGGCCCAGGAAGGAACUUUCUUUGAAGGCAGUGGAUACGCAGCCCUCGUCAGAGAAGGCUACAAAGUGCGAUCCGACGUGAACAUCACGCUGGAGUUCCGUACCUCAUCGGAGAACGGUAUCCUCCUGGGGAUCAGCAGCGCCAAAGUGGAUGCCAUUGGACUGGAGAUUGUAGAUGGAAAGCUCUUGUUUCACGUUAACAACGGUGCUGGGAGGAUAACAGCCACGUACGAGCCCAAAGCUCCCAGUAGGCUCUGCGAUGGGAGAUGGCACACCCUUCAGGCAAACAAGAGCAAGCAUCGAGUGGUUCUGAUUGUCGACGGGAACGCGGUUCGAGCAGAAAGUCCACACACCCAGUCCACCUCCGCUGACACCAAUGAUCCCAUUUAUGUUGGUGGCUAUCCUGCUGAUGUGAAGCAGAACUGCCUGAGCAGCCGGACCUCCUUCCGGGGCUGUGUGCGGAGGCUCACUCUGACUAAGGGCCUGCACGUGCAGUCCUUCGACUUGAGCACAGCUUUCGACCUGCAAGGAGUUUUCCCUCAUUCCUGUCCUGGGACUGAGUCCUGA